AUGGUAACAGAUCUGUUUCUGGCUAUUGUAAGUCAAGUCUGGACUGUAUCAUCCUGUAAAUGUAAACUUAAAAAGAUCAAGUCGUGUACUCAUCUGGAUUGCUUGAAAAUCGAUCCCUGGUUCUUGCAACAGGUGUCUGAAAGCGUCCUAAAAACGCAACAUAAUUUAGAAUUAUCCGAAAUCUUCAGUGAUAGCUUGGAUAGUUUACAAUAA